AUGUCCAAUGAACUAUCAAAGGAAUGUGAUUCACUCUUAGCUAGUACAUCGAUUCUUGAUCAUCAUUAUGGUAUUCCAGAUAUAACUAAAAAUCACAUAAAGCUUACUAGUAGUAACAAGUCCAUGGAACUUGAGAAAGAGUACUAUAGACUACAUGGCGAACUUAGUCAAAAAUUAAACAAACUAACAUACUUGAACAAACUUGAUGAAUUGAACGGACAAUCUGUUGACAAAAUUGAAGAGCAAUAUCAUGAAAUUCUUAAUAAUAAACUUGAUAAGAUUCCGAUAUUAGAAUAUGCAAAAGAUGACGAAAUAUCAAAAUUGAAAGCUAUACGACAAUAUUAUGAAUUACAAGUCGAUAAUUUCAAGACAAGAUUAUUGCUUAAUAAUUACUUACAGAUAACUUUACCUAUUUUAAGAUCAAUUCAUAAACUAGAUACUGGAAUUACUACGACUGAGAUGAAUAUAUCUCAAAAUUUAUCCAGUUUAUAUUCAAUCAAUGAACAUGAUAAAAAUGCAAAUGUAAACAAAUUGAUAAAAUCUUAUCAGGAAUUAAAUAAGAAUAACAAGACGUUAGAUAAAUUGGCUUAUUCAAUUUCUAAUACUCUUAACAAUGAAUUACAAUCCAAGCUAAAAGACUUGAAUAACCUCAGUGUUAAUUUGAAAGAGAAGCAUACUAUAUUACUAAAAUUGAAGAGAGAUCAGAUCAAAGAAUUUCUAGACGAAAAUGAUAAUGGAGUUUAUGAAAAGUUUCAUACUUUAGUUAAUGAAUGGUCAUAUAUUUCAAUAAUUUGUGAACUCUUAUCCAGCUUUAUUAUCAGUCUCCCAAUUGAUUGGUAUCAAGAUCGGUCUUUACGGAGAAUCCUCUUUGAAAUUGAAAACAUAUCACUGAAAAUAUCAAAAUAUCAACUGAUAAUCAACGUCAAUAGUCUCAAAAAUUUUGAACUUGAAGAAUUAUAUAUGAUUGAUUUAGAUGAGUUAGAAAUUGAGAGUGAUACUAGCAGCAAUGAUUGA